UCUCUGUUUUUUGUUAUGUCAUAUUUAGAGGUUAAGAUGCACAAAAUCUAGAUUUAUUUUACAAAAUACUAAACAUGUUUGUGACACGAUUUUUGAGUAAAACGCGCCCACAAAAGCAGUGUUACUAUUUGUUACAAAAUUGUGUCCACCAAAGAAUGAAAUCUGACAAAGGUGAAAAACUCCAACCUUCAGACACAUCCAAAAAUACUACCAAGACACCCCUUGGUGAAAUGAGCUCAAAAUACCAGGUUUUUAGAGAUGAGGAUUCUGAAGUCAUACUUGAUAUUUACGAAGAUCGAAGUAAAUACUCAAAUCCGGUAAAUGCAAUUGAAGAGGAGGCACCUGAUCCUUUUGAGGGUCUUAAUUUAGAGAGAGGUGUCAAUGGUGUCUAUGAUAUUGAGGACUUAAUUCAAGUUCUUCAUACUGAAAAUGCUGAGGACAUAUUUGUAGCUGCUGUCCCUAAAGAAAUUCAAUAUGUUGAAUACAUUUGUGUUGUCACUGGAAAAUCACACAAACAUAUGAAAGCAAUUGCACAAUUUGUUCGUAUGAUUUAUAAGAAAAAAAUGUACAAAAGUGAUCUUAUUCCUAAGCUUGAAGGUGAAAACUCAAAGGAUUGGUUAGCUUUAGAUUUAGGUAACAUAGCGCUUCACAUAUUUUCUCGAGAAGCUAGAAUUUUAUACGAUUUAGAUUCAUUAUGGGCUUUAGGACCAAAAUAUGACCCAGAAUGUAAUAAACAAGACCCUGUAGCAGAAAUGUUGGAAAAACAUUCGUUUUAUUUGGAAGGUUUGCACCCUGCUAGAUAAUUUUCUAAUCUGUUUUAAGUUAGAAAAAUGUGUAAAAUAAAAUAUGUUAACAUU